UUCCAGAUUUUAGCACUCGCAACCCUAUUGGCAGUAGCCAAUGCUGGUGAGAUCGCCACAGCGACAGGAGAUUAUGGAAGCAUCAGCUACAGUCAGGAAUCGCCAUCUUACGGAUUAGCUCAUGGAGCUACUUACGGUUAUGCUCAGGUUGCUCCAGUUAUUUCUGGAUAUGCUAAUGCCCCAGUUGUUGCUAAGACUGCCUACGCUACACCAUCUUACGGAUAUGCUCAAGCUGCUCCAGUUUUAGCUCAUGGACCUUCUUAUGGAUAUGCUCAGGCUGCACCAGUUGUUGCUAAAACUACCUACGCUACACCAUCUUACGGAUACGCUCAAGCUGCUCCACUUUCUUAUGGAUAUGCUCAGGCUGCACCAGUUAUAGCUAAGACUGCCUACACUACACCAUCCUACGGUUAUGCUCAAGCUGCUCCAGUUUUAGCUCAUGGAGCUUCUUAUGGAUAUGCUAGUGCCCCAGUUGUUGCUAAGACUGUUUACGCUGCACCAUCUUACGGAUAUGCUCAAGCUGCUCCAGUCUUAGCUCAUGGACCUUCUUAUGGAUAUGCUCAGGCUGCACCAGUUGUUCCUGAAUAUACUAGUGCCCCAGUUGUUGCUAAGACUACUUACGCUGCACCAUCUUAUGGAUUAGCUCAUGGACCUUCUUAUGGAUAUGCUCAGGCUGCACCAGUUGCUGGUGGGUAUGCUAGCGCCCCAGUUGGUCAUGCCAGUUUCGCUGGUAUUGGUGCAAACUAUUCUUGGUAAACAAAAAACUAUAUACCCAAGAAUGAUCUUAAAUUAUUUUUUUGUUAUUUUCCUGAUGCAUGUUCUAAAUGCGAGUUUGCGUCAGAUCUGAUAGACUGGAACUUUUAAUGUACCUUUUUAUGUUGAAUGAAUAUUAUGUGUUGCUGGUGUGCACUGGUAUGUCGUAUGCGAAACGUUAUAUUUGCCCGCUCUGUAAA